AAAACUUCAAAAAUACGGAUCUCCAGCAACUCUCCAAUUCUAUCGCCAUGUUAUUCCAAAAGAUUUCUUGAAAAAUCACCCGACCCGACCCGUUUUUGACAUUUUCAAUUGCUUUCAGAAUCAGUUACUACACUACUUUACUUACGUGUAAAAGAAUGGAAAACCAAAUUAAUGGUUAAACAACAAAUGCAUUAAAAAAGUUAGGGUGUCAUUAAUAACUAUAAUGAAGAAACAAAAAAAGAGUGUUUUUUUUCAAGAUUUCUUAAUGGGUGUGUUUAUUAAUGAUCAGUGACUUAAAAAAGAGUUUUUUUUUUUCAAGAUUUGAUGAUGGGUGUGUUUAUAUUUGAUCAGUAAUUGUAAAUAUUAACAAAAAAGAGUUUUUUUCCCCAGGAUUUCAUGAUGGGUGUGUUUAUUUUUUGAUAUGUGACAGUAUAUAGGAAUCAAAAAAGAGUUUUUUUUCUUUCAAGAUUUGAUGAUGGGUGUGUUUAUAUUUGAUCAGUAAUUGUAAAUAUUAACAAAAAAGAGUUUUUUUUUUCUCCAGGAUUUCAUGAUGGGUGUGUUUAUUUUUUGAUAUGUGACUGUAUAUAGGAAUCAAAAAAGAGUUUUUUGGUCAAGAUUUGGUGAUGGGUGUGUUUAUUUUUGAUGAAAGACUGUAAAUUUGGAAUAAAGAGGGAGUUUUUUUUUUCUGGGGUGGGGAGAUUUUAAGAAAUGGCAAGUAUAACAGAGGUUACAAUUCUACAUCAUGUGUGCAUUGUGUUGAUAGUAAUAUGGUUGCUUAAUUCCUUCAAUUAUGGUCACCCUUUGGUUUAUUUCAUCUCCCUAAUCUAUCUUUAUCUGGUUAAUGAGCAGUAUGUGACUAGAUUAAAGAAGAAAUUGCAGUUUGAGGAAAAAAGACAGUCGAAUCAACGACGAGUGCUUUCUGAUUCUGAAACAGUGAGGUGGUUAAACCAUGCUCUUGAAAAGAUUUGGCCUGUAUGCAUGGAGAAUAUCGUUUCACAGAAAAUUCUCCUCCCUAUCAUUCCGUGGUUUAUGCAGAAAUACAAACCCUGGACUGUGAAAGACAUUGCAGUGCAGUCUCUCUACUUAGGAAGAAGCCCACCUAUGUUCACGGAAAUGAGGGUUCUUCGUGAAUCUACUGGAGAUGAUCACCUUGUAUUGGAGCUGGGGAUGAAUUUUCGUUCUGCAGAUGACAUGAGUGCGAUUCUUGCUGCGAAGCUGAAGAAGAGGUUGGGAUUUGGGAUGGUGACAAAGUUGCAUCUGUUGGGAAUGCACAUCGAGGGAAAGGUCUUGUUUGGUGUGAAGUUCCUAAGGAAGUGGCCAUUUCUUGGUCGUAUGCGGGUGUGCUUUGCUGAGCCUCCUUACUUUCAGAUGACUGUAAAACCGAUUUUUACACACGGGAUUGAUGUGACAGAACUUCCUGGAGUUGCUGGAUGGCUGGAUAAUCUUCUUUCUGUUGCAUUUGAGCAGACACUUGUUGAGCCCAAUAUGCUGGUAGUACACAUGGAGAAAUUUGUUUCACCCCAACAAGAGGAAAGCUGGUUUUCUAUCGAUGCAAAGGAGCCCAUUGCCCAUGUUAUUUUGGAAGUCCUUGAAGCGGAAGACUUAAAGCCAGCAGAUUUAAAUGGACUCUCUGAUCCAUAUGUUAAGGGGCAUCUUGGGCCCUACAGAUUCAAGACUAGGACUCAGAAGAAGACAUUAGCUCCACAGUGGCAAGAGGAGUUCAAGAUUCCAGUCUGUUCAUGGGAGUCUCCUAACGAUAUGCUCAACAUAGAUGUUUGUGACAGAGACCAUUUUUCUGCGGAUGAAACAUUGGGAGAUUAUUCCAUAAACAUCUGUGAUUAUAGGGAUGGCCAGAGGCAUGAUAUAUGGUUGUCUCUUCAUAAUGUUAAAAUGGGGAGACUACGUCUUGCCAUAACUGUAGUUGAAGGCAGCGAAAAGUUUACAGAGCAGUCAUCCGAGCAGGCAAAAACGGACAUCAAACAGGAGAGCAAUUCUGAUGAGAUGGAUACAGCCGAAAGAGGGUCCUUACCCACCGAGAUGGAUAAGCAAUCGUCAAAAAUUGCAGAUACAUAUGAACCAAUUAACAUAGAAGGGCAGAAGGAGACUGGCAUGUGGGUACACCACCCUGGCAGUGAAGUACCACAAGUUUGGGAACAGAGAAAGGGAAAGAGUCGGGUUAUCGAUGGAGAAGUUCAUGGUUCUGAUGCUGAUUCCAUGGGAGGAAGUUUCAAGUUAAGAGGGGGAGGAUCUACUCGGGGUGAUGAUUCUGAUGAAGGCAGUGGAUCUAAGAAGUCGAAUCUAAUUAACAGGGGUAUAAAUAAGAUCGGGUCCUUCUUCCACAAAAGUCAGAAAAGCGAGGACAGGUCUAUAAAUCUUGGAGAUCCUGUUCCAUCUCCGCAAGCUAAUCUAAAGGCAGUGAGUGCAAAGGGGAUCGGUGUGAAUCUUAUUAUGAACGAUUCAGUGGAAACAACUCCCCGAGAUGAUAGUAAAGAGGCUCAUGAGGGAAAUGUUCAAUGUAGUAGCUCCAACAAGAGUAGAGUCCGUGACAAGGCGAAGAAUAUCCUAAGACAUGUAUCUCGGAAGUCAUCACGAAAAUCUAAAGGUGAGUUAGAACCAACAGCAUCAGAGAGAGAUCUAUCUGUGGAAUCUGACUCCUCCGACGAUUUUACUCCCUUAGUUGGUUCACCUCUAGGCCGUUCAGUGAGCGGUCGUUUCAUAGCCAGCACUGGCACUGAGAAUCCCAAUGGCAACACAUUGAAGAGUAGUGAAUUGGUAAGUGAUAAGGGAAACAUGAAAACUAGUGAGGAAUUAGUUCAUGAUAAAGCUAUGAAUUCAGUAAGUCCAAAAGUUUCUAAUCUUUGAAUAUGUUUGUUGUACAUUUUCUUUAAUGCAGAGUUACUGUUAUACCUUUUACUUGUACAUGAAUAUAUGUAAUGUAAUAGUUUCAUAUUGGCUUCUGUUUGUACAUGUUAGUGAAACUUCUGACAUGGUGCGACAUUGUCUGCUUUGAGCAAAGCCCGUAUGAUUUGUAUAAAAGUAUGCAAUACUUUUUCUGUGUA